AUGACCAAAGACCUAACCUUCGACAUCCGCUACGACAACGAACUCGCCCACGACUACUACGGCGAUGGCAAGAAACUCGCCGACAAUCUCCGACACAUCUACCACGACAAAAACUUGACCUUCCCAAAUGACUUCGAGUCGACUACAACUGUCCCGCCCAUUCAUUUCAUGGGGGUCACCGCGCCAGAUAACGUGGAUGUAGAUGAACUCAAGAGCGUCGAGGUCCCGGGGUUGGCAGUUGAUAUUCUGGAUUUUAAGAUGUGA